CCUGCGUGGGUAGACGAUCAUGGCUGAGUACCAAAGGCAAACAAGUAGCGGCUGGCAAAAUGGUGGCCAAGGCGCCAAUGGUAUUACACACAGUAACCAUCAUGAACAGGUGGACAAUACCGCGAACGCCAAUGGUGGUAUGAGUAUUCAAAACUACGGUGCAGUGCAGCAGCCGUACGAGACACAGGCGCAAUUGGGAGGCCAGAAUGUGGUCAGUAUUGCACAUUUAAAUGACAGUGUAAAUCUGCGGGUGGAACAGAGCGACAUGGUGCAGAACCCGUUGGGCUACGGGAUGCCAGCGGUAACCAAUAUGCGAGAUCAGAUGGAAAAGGGCAGCAAUCAAACAGAUAUGUAUCGACCACAUGAAGUACUACAGCAGCAACAGCAACAACAACAGCAACAGCGGCAACAGCAGCAGAUGCAGCAUAUGCAGCAAAUACAACACCAACAACAGCGACAACAGAUGCAACAGAAAUCAUUGCAGACACAAAUGAGUAUACAACCAGAAGCACAACACUCACAAUCACAGACACAGUUCUCGCGCCAGAAUUCUCAUACGGGAUUGUACAGUCAUACACAACGAUCAAAUCCACAUCAUCAGCAACAACAGCAACAGAGUCAGAUGGCACAGCAACAGCAUGACCUGCAGCAACAGCUUAUGCAGCAGCAGCAGCAGCAGCAGCAGCAGCAACAGCUGCAGCAACAGCUGCAGCAUCAGAUGGAGCAUCAGAUGGAGUAUACUUCGAUACAGCAACGGCUGCCACCUCAGCAGCAGCUGCAACCACAACAGCUGCAACCACAACAGCUGCAACCACAACAGCUGCAACCACAACAGCUGCAACCAGGAGCGGUACUGGAGUAUAAGGGUGUACAAUCACGGAGCUAUCCCAAUUUAAAAAAGUUACACUUACAACAACACCAACAACAACAGCAGCAACAACAGCAACAACAACAAUUAGAACAGCAGGAAUACGACCGGGCUCAGCAGAACCUCAGUAUGCACAUUCCGAUGGGCGAUCAACUGCGUACACAGGCUCCGCAACCCGUACCACUGCAGCAGCAGCAGCUGCCACAUGUCCACCAGAAUGCGCCACAACAGCAGUCACAGGACAGUCAGCCAACAUCGAGACAGGGUAGUAUUACCAAACAACGGAGUACGAGCUAUAUGUCACAGCAUACAGACUCGGGGAACGUGUCGCCCGCGCUAGAUCAUACUAUAAGUAUCCCUACAUCACACCCAUCGCCUGCAACGGGCUCGAAUCCACAGCCAGGACCUCAAUCAGGUAAAAACAAAAGUAUGAAGUAUUCGCCUUCAUCUGUGAAUAGUGGCAGUAGAGAAUUCAGAGGAAACAGUGAUCGGAAUAUCUCUGGGGAUAUGGAUAGAGAAAGGUCUGUGAGUAAGGGAGUUCCAGGAAGCUAUGGGCGACAGAGUCAUGAGAAGAAUGGAUCGCGGAAUAAAGAAACGCGGAAUACGGGUUCGAAUGGUGCCUGCCAAAUUCGAGUCAGGAGCGAAAGUUCAGAGGGGAAGACGGCAGAAAGUCAAUUCCAGCAUAUGCAACCAACGCACCAGCAACAAAGGAGCCUGCCGAGAUCACAGACAUCAUCACCGCAACCCAUAUUGAAGCACGCUCUGAAUAAGCAAACCUCGGGUACGCAGCAACCACGUCAGCGACAGACACAAACACGUCCGUAUGAAGCGAAGAAGAUAGAGGAUAAGUAUUCUGUCCAUCCCUCGAUCAAAGACUACGAGGCGAGACAGGCUGAGCUGAUGCGAGCGCAUUACGAACAACAGCAACUUUUCGAGCACUCGUCGACAAAUCACCGCCAACAAGAACAACAGCUGCUGCAGCUGCAGCGCCAACAGCAGCUGCUGCAACAAAUGCAGCGACAACAGCAACAGCAACAACAGGACUUGCAACAACAACAACAACAACAACAACAACAGCAACAGGCGAUGCAAACCUCUCACUUGAAUCAAAACCAUGGCCAGUAUGCGGGUAACUCACAUCAGCUGUUGCAGCCCAACCCCGGUAAUUUGGGCGUGGGUGCGGGCCAGGUGGGGCGUUCCCAAUCGCAGAACUCACCGCAGCCCAGUCCGCUACAUAGCCCAAAUUUGGGUUGCAAUAUGGGCCAGAUACCGGACCAACAAGUGCAGAUACAGUCUCAUUUUCCCUCUCAAAACACAUUGAUGCCUCAGACGAUGAACGCGCAUGCAUCACAGGGCCAAGUCCAUUCUGGAUACAUUGGACAGGGGCCUCCACAACAGCAACAUCAACAGCAGGCAAACCACCAGAAUCUGAAGCAGCAUAAUGCUAUAGAAACACAGCACCGAACCACUCAGGCUCUGACCCCACGGCAACAACAGUUCAGUAGUCCUCGACAUGGCCAGAAGUCCAAUUCGUCGACUCAGAUACGGAUCAAUGAUUCGGAGAGGUUGAGUGCCGAUGGCACAGGUACGGUGCAGAGUGUGAAGAGACCUAGCCAGGAUAGAAUAGUCCAGCAGGAUGGGGGCCGAGAAGCGGGCGUGAAACAUAACAAGAAGGACAGCACACUGACCAGUGCGGUUAACGUGGAUCGUAAUCGUGCAGUUAGCGUGUUCUUGGGUGACAGCUAUUUCGCAUCCACUGUAUAUGGGAACGUCUACUGUGUAUUUUUUGAGCCGCUAAUUGCAUUUUAUGUUGAAUUUUAUUUGAAGAAGUGA